UCGCAGUGGAACCGAGCAUUCGCCGCCGUCGUCUCGAAUUCAUUUUGCAGGCUCUAAAAUUGGAUACAGCCUGUUCCAAACAAAAAAGCAAAUGAGCAAUCAAUGGCUGCUGUGGCAUUCGCAUUCCCACAUGCAAGAGACAACUCGUCUUUUACUCUUGUUUUUUUUUUUUUUACAAGGACCAUGUUGCAACUUUGCAAGCUCAGGUCUGACUCGCUUCAAUUGUGAUUGGGCCCAAUACAAAGGCUGCCCAGCCUCGGAGUCAGUCCCUACGUUCGGCCCCGCUAUCAGCUUCAGUUUUCCACGUUUUGCUCCUGGUCCAAACAAUUUUGGGCAAAAGUCCUCAGGCAAAAGGAAGCUUGUUGGACAAGCCUGACCCCAGCCGCAAAGCGAGGUUUUACUCGCGGGAAAGAAUUGAUCUCGUCAUCGUCCUUUUUACCAUUUACAUUCUAGUAUUGAGCCUCCACUUGGUCCCUUCACGG